AUGGUGGAUCUCGAUGCGUGGAAGUUGGUACUUCCUCGCGAACUACGUUCGCAGGCCAUGGCUCAGUGUCAUGAACUUCCCCAAGCGGGUCAUUUAGGGGUUGAUAAAACAUAUCGUCGCCUCUAUGUGUUGUACUACUGGCCGAACAUGUUUCGCGAUGUAGUUUCGUUCGUCAGCCGUUGUGAUACCUGUCAACGCUGCAAAGUAGAAAAUGCUUUGCCGCGGGGUCACAUGGGCCGACGCGUAGUCCAGGGUCCUUGGACCACCGUGGCUGCCGACAUCGUUGGCUCUAUCACUCCGAGUAAAACCGGCUAUUCCUACGUACUCGUGUUACAGGAUCUGUUCACGAAGUGGGUAGAGAUCAUUCCUCUCCGGCGUGCCACUGGCAAGGCGAUCCGGCAGCAGAAUCUAGAGCUGAGUCAGGCCGACCACCCUCCAGAGGUUGUGGACAUCACAGAGAGUCCACCAAACUCGCCUCCAGCCCAGAGACGCAAUCCACCCUUGAGGGAAUCCCAUGGAGUCAAGGCGGAGGAAGCCUCAACCACUGAGCCUAGUGGCCACCAGAGAGCCUCCCAGGAAGAACAGGCUUUCGUAGCAGCCCUCCGGCCAAAUGGAGUAGCUCCGGAAUUAGCUGAUUUCGAGUUUCCGAAUCUCAAACGAGAUCUCCGGACUAUCUCUCCUCCUAGGAGCCCAUACUAUCCGGAGACUGAACCAGUCUCUCUGUCACCCACUCCGGUAACUCCGGUCGUGCAAACAGGAGAGGNAGAUCCGGUGGCUAAACAAUUCACCAUCCAGCCCGUAGUCAUGCUGGAAAGACUCCAGCUACCAUCGCCCGCUCCACACAUCCAAGAUUACUGGGAACCCCUCGGCCCCUGGUUAUCCGAAGUGUGGGAAGUUGAGAGGAAGAAGGAGGGCUUCCUAAGAGCCCUGCAGACCUGCAGUCUCCAGCCACUGCGCCACUUCGAUCAGCUUCGGUAUAUGAUCCCGCCGCUGCCAACUCCAGUAGAAGGAGCCCAACUCCCAGAGUUGGCUAACCCUCAGGACCCCGAGAUUGCCGACGACGCCCUCGCUGACGGCCCCGUGGCGCGAUCCCCCAUGGAGGAAGCCCAGAUUCCUCCUUCCUCUGGAUCCCCGGGAACGGUCGUCCUCUCACGCAGUCCAUCUACGUCUUCGAGGUCCUCUCGCAGUUCGGCCACCUCUUCAGACUCCUCUUCCUCCGCAUCGUCCUCGACUUCCGGCUCUUCGAGCUCGGUGAGCAGUUGCUCAGAGCCUGACGAAGGAGAUCCGGGUUAUAGCANCCCGGGCUAUAGCACCGGCAAACCGACGGCAGCAGCCACGGCCCAAACUUCCAUGGAGGUGGACAAUUCUCCACACGAAACCUCCCGAGGCCCUUCAAGUGACAUCCUGCAAAUCGACUUACAAGCCGACGAGCAAGCAUCCCUAGCGGGAUCGAGCGUGAGGCAAAUCAACAACUCGCCUAUCCCACCUUAUACCAAGCCCGACGCCGGGGAAACCACGCCACCCACUUCUCCAGUGAACCAACUCACUGGCCCAACACCCUCCGCCUCUGGGUCGGCUCCACCCACUUCUCCAGUGAACCAACUCACUGGCCCAACAUCUUCCACCUCCGGGUCGGCUUCGAAUACACUUCCAGUGACCUCAGUCGCUGGCCAAGGUACAGUGGGACCUAGCAAGCGAGUCGUCCAAGCGUCGCCGGCCGCCGCCACCAUACCAACACCUCUGUUGGCUGACCGGGACAUCAGAAAGCUGCCAGAAGAUCCUCCAAAGGGCGACUCUCCAAAGGGCGAUACCAAAAAGGGCCCCAAGGAGAAGAGGGUCUGGUGUUUCGACUGUCGCAGGCACGGACAUCGGCCAAGCGACUGCCCGAAUCCCACCGGAGAGGCCUUCUGCGGGAAAUGCCCCUACAGGGUCGCCAAGAACCGACCCUGCCCCACACAUAAAACCGACUUGGCUGCGGCCGUCAUGAGUCGAUCCGCCAACAAGCCGGCCGUAAGGUCGGAGGUUUUCAAGGUAUCGCCGGCCCUUGAGUCCCCAACCGUUACCUCGUCGAGGGAGUCUUUUUCACGAGACGAUCAGUGGCUGUACACUCGUUGA